UCCUCAGGCGCACCAGCGGCACUCGCUUCGCAAGUCAAUGAUUCCCGAAAAUUCAAAUCCCUGGUUUUUGUUUUGAUUAUUUUUGCAGUUUUUUAGGGAGAAAAACAACUGGAGAGGAGAAAAGAAGGCAACCUUAAGAUUCCAGCCUCCCAAUGGCCUUCUUUCUGUUCGGCUGGCCUCUCCUGAUCGCCCCGAGUCUCUGUCUGCUCCUGACUCCCCUCGCCACAGCUAGAAGCCCCAACAACACCCUCUUGUAUCACCGACUGGAAAGCAGCAUUCGCAACUGCAGCUGUGCCACGGAGAUCGAGCCCUGCGACUACGCCAAGGCCAACAUCCUGUGCAACUGUCAGACGGUCAUCCUGAGAAGCGCCGACUCCCUGAGCCUCCGCUAUUCCUACCAUGGAGGCCUGACAGUCUGGAUGGAGGACCCCUGGGUCCUGAGUCAGCUGGUUAACUACAGCGUGGUGACGGACCUGAGGCUGGCGUCUUGCCGACCUGGCAUGUUGUCCAAGGACUACUUGACGGUGUUUGGCCUCCAGAGGUUGCAGGUCUACAAGCGUGCAGAACAUGAAGUGGCGUUCAGUAAACAGGAUAUCACCAUUGACUGUUCGGAAAUGCCUCUGGCGCAAUUCGAGACCCCCAGUGUGCCCCACCGGGUGUCUUUUCUGGACCUGAACCUUCUCAGUGGAGAUUCCUUUCUGAAAGCCUACAGCGUGAGCGACGUGCCUGCCAUCAAGGAGCACUUCCCCAAUCUCCUGUUCCCAAGCGCCUUUGAGCCAACGAGCAGCUGGCAAUAUCAGGUUACCUUCAUCUACUGAGAAGACAGCCAGGGGUUAUGUAGCCAGCAGAAGGCACUCUGGGGCACGGCAGAGCAGGGUUCAUAUUUUAAAGUGUGACCUCAAGACCUUGUGAUCAGUGGUCAGGUCCUCAGGUGGACCGGGCUCAGUCAAUGUAGUGUUACUGAGUUAAGUGUACCAACAAGGCGCUAUAUUGAUGAAAGGACAAUAGCAAAAAACUACAUGAAAGAGCAGGUGCCCAUAAUUCAAGUAAGAUGCCCCCCUGUGCUCUGAUUGGCUGUGAAUUCAGCCCCCCGUUUUCCAAUGCACAAUACGGAUUUAUAAUAAAAGUGUUGGAAACAACAAAUUUUUAUAAUUGAAACGUUGGGAAACUUAUGGAUGUUCACUCAAGCAACAUGGGCGUUCACCCACCUGACUCCUCGACACCACAAACCCACUGGAAACAUUAGCAUGGGUUCAGUGACCCACCUGGGACCCAAAUAUUCAACACUGCAAGCCCCCCAUGCAGAAGCUCCAGGCCAGCUUUGACACCUCGUCCUUUGACCUGUUCAAGUUCACGAGCGACAUUUCUGUUUCGAGGACUUCAAGACCUCAACGUCCAAAGUCUAACUUGAUUCUCAGCCGA